AUGAUUCAGGUCCUCGUUGCUGUCAUCAUGCGGAUGGUGGUUGUGGAGUACGAGCGCUCGCCCGAGGUCUCGAAAGAUUGCUGCCACCUUGGCCUAGCACUUGGCGACGAGGACGAGGAGGAUGACAUUCCGAAGCUGAUCGAAGAAGAGAACAAGGUAAACACCAAGUCCAACUCGAUGCAGCCUGGAUCAACGAGCUCGUGCCGCUUGCGUACAUGUUGCACCCAUACUCGUGUUGGGGCUUGCUGUGCGGUGAUGGGAGCGUUGAUGUAUACAUCAUACGCGAUCAUGGGGAGCUGGGACUUUGUGAAUGCGGUGUACUACUUCACCUUUACUGUCCCCGAUCUCUCGCCCAACGUCGGCUUGUUCUGGUACUUCUUCAUCGAGAUCUUCGAUCAGUUUCGAAACUUUUUCCUCUUCCUGUUUCAAUAUCACAUGCUUGUCUACCCCAUCCCCUUGGCUAUGCGAGUGUCUCAUCGCCCGCUCUUUCUCUUUGCAUUCUCACUCGGUUAUAUCGCCAUCUUCAAAUCUUAUCCAUCGAUAGGCGACGCAGCGUUCUACAUGCCAUUGCUGAUCAUUUUUCACCGCCAGCUGAUCGAAAUGAGAAACUUGUUCAUCUUAGUACAGAUCCUCCUCUUCGUUACCGUGCUCUCGCCGAUCUUCUGGCACUUGUGGAUAGUGACGGGAGCGGGAAACUCGAACUUCUAUUACGGUCUCACUCUCGCUUACUCCGCAGCACAGGUCCUGAUUAUCUCUGAAUCGAUGCUGGCGGUGCUGAAGCAAGACAAGAAACAAAGGCUCCUUUCGAAGAAAAGAGAUUAG